UGUGUUUACAACAUAGCAAAUUAUAUCUACAGCGUUAUUUAACAAACGAUGAUUAUAGAUAUAUAAAAUUAAAUUACGAAUAAUUUUUAGACGCAGAUAUAUUAAUUAAAAUGGGUAUUUUAGCCACGAAUAAUGAAUAUCCCAAAGCUUCUAACUCGGUUGUUAUCGGAGGAAUACUAACAUAUGUAGCUGGUAUGUUCCUCCUUAUGGCCUUUGCAAGCCCUUAUUGGAUUGAGUCAUACGAGGAAACAUUCAGCAGUUUCAAACGCAUGGGCCUUUGGGAAUAUUGUUUCAAUGAAUUUCGUUAUCCAUAUUAUCAAUUUGACAAAACUUUUGAUGGAUGCCACUAUAUUUUCAGCGAGCAAUUCUAUGUUAUUAGAGAAUGGUUAUUACCAGGAUGGUUGAUGUCAGUUCAAGCUUUUGUAACACUGUCUUUUAUGUUGAGUUUUGGUUGCCAAAUAUUAAUCGCAUUACAGUUGAUCAGAUGGCCCUUAGAUACAGUCUUACGUUAUGAAUGGAUCAUGUCAGGUUUAUCAUUUCUUGGAACUGCAACCGCAUCUUUUAUGAUGUUUCUGGCAGUUGCUAUUUUUGGAGGCAAUUGUUAUCGAAGAGAUUGGUUGAUGUAUCCCAGUUUCAAUGUUCUUUCGUGGUCCUAUGCUUUUGCUGUGAUUUCAUUUAUGAUUCAUGCAUUAGCAGCUUUAUUUUUCUAUGCUGAGGCUAAGAAGAGUUAUGAAAUGAGACGUGAAGCUAAAAAUCUUGUUAUGCAAAUGCAUGAACACAAACAUGAUCAGAGGGAAUAUUCUUAAAUAAUCUGUUAAUAGCAAAAGGUAUUGACAAGAGUAGUAAUACGUUUAGUUUAUGUAUAGACUUGCUUAUAAUA